AUGAGCUUCGCACCGGACACCUGCACCAGCCGGAGCCGGUGGGCCCUGGGCGAACUGGACCCGAACAAAGAUCUCAACAACCCCUUUAGUCUUUGCAAGCCAGCAUUGGUCAGGGACAACGGAGGUUCGAAUGCAGAUGUUACACCUAUCGACAUGGACGAUGAUGACUUCAGCCAAGAGGAUGAGGGAUCAGACGGCUUUGGUGAAACCCAGGGGAAUGACGAAGAACGCCUCAGCGCCGGUGUACCCGAAAAUUUCAGUGACGACAUGGCCGAGAUGACUGAUGUAGCCGAAAACGAGGAACACAUUGAUGCCGGGGAAGACAUGCAUGAUACUACAUUUGAUCCUGCCACAAUGGGCCUCAAAGAAAUCAACAAUUUGGCGCACUUUGGUGUCAGUAGCCACAAGCCUGGAAACGGUGUGGCUGAAUUGCUCAGCGAGGAUCUAGACAAGUACUGGCAAUCGGACGGCCAGCAGCCACACACGCUCACUAUCCAUUUUCUGCGCCGCGUCGAAAUUCGUGCAAUUCGCUUCUACGUAGAUUACAGCCAGGACGAAUCCUACACCCCAGCCCACGUUGUUUUCUUUGCUGGCACCGGACACCACGAUCUGAUACAGUUCGCAGAGCUUACCCUCUCAAACCCCAUUGGAUGGCAAGAUGUCCCUAUUGAGGGCUGUGGAGGGGGGCCAGAUGGUAACUCCCUGUGUUGCUGGAUUGUCCAAAUGCACAUAAAAGAAAACCACCAAAAUGGCAAGGACACCCACAUCCGCGGUAUCAAGAUAUAUGCUCUAGACGACAGCUCGUUGGGUGGCAGCUCACGUGCUCCUCAUAUGGCUGCUGUUGCUCAGCCGCCGAUUCAUCGACUGACCAUGGAAAACGAUGAUAGCUUCCAGGAACUGCUGCAGGUUCUGGAGCGUUAUCCAGACAUACAAUCCCGUGGCGGGGAUCCUGGUUUCACCAAUAUCCCUGAGUUCAUGCGUGAUCCUGUCAUUCGCUAA